GUUAGUUUGUGGCCAAAACCUUCAAAAGCCAGCGACUCUCGGCGCGUUUGGCGCAUCAAGCUUUUUCGGGUAAAUAGGAGAUUUCAUAACAGGGGCACAACGCGCUCCACUUUUAAUCAGAUUAGGACCCUUUAAUGUUGAAUCCUGCUUUUUUCCCCUUCCUACUGUAGCGGGGCAGGAGUGGCCAAAGCCAAAAGCAGCUAUUCAGAUCAGAUUUCACCUAAACCAGCUGGGAGAGAGAACGAGAGAGAGAGAGAGAGAGCGAGAGAGCGAGAGAGAGGGUUUGUCAGUCUCCCUCCUCCCAAAUCCAGAAAAGCUUACCAAGGAAAAAGGAGGAGAGUGUCGGGCGGUGAGAGAGUGGUGUGAGAGACGCAUAGGAAUCCAAAGGAAUUUCCAAGGAUAUUUUCUUUUUUUUCUCCCAUCAUAAGAAAAUUUCCAAAAAGUGUUUUGCCAGUUGGAGGCGAGGCAGCAGAGACCGUGGUCAAGGAUGGACGAGCAGCCUCGGUUGAUGCACUCCCACGGGGUAGGCAUGGCCGGACACCCCGGCCUGGCGCAGCAUAUGCAGGAUGGCACGGCAGGGACGGACGGAGAGGGAAGGAAGCAAGACAUUGGAGACAUUUUACAGCAAAUAAUGACCAUCACAGACCAAAGCCUAGACGAAGCACAGGCGAGGAAACAUGCACUGAAUUGCCACAGAAUGAAACCUGCUCUCUUCAAUGUCUUGUGUGAAAUAAAGGAGAAAACAGUGCUCAGUAUCCGGGGCGCCCAAGAGGAGGAGCCUCCAGAUGCCCAGCUGAUGCGAUUGGACAACAUGCUGCUGGCAGAGGGCGUGUCCGGACCAGAGAAAGGUGGCGGGUCAGCAGCUGCAGCAGCAGCCGCAGCCGCUGCAGGAGGCGUCGGUGCCGACAACUCAGCAGAACACUCCGACUACCGGGCCAAGCUUUCUCAGAUCAGACAAAUUUACCACACGGAGCUGGAGAAGUACGAACAGGCGUGCAAUGAGUUCACCACCCAUGUGAUGAACCUGCUGAGGGAGCAGUCUCGAACACGACCCAUCUCGCCCAAAGAGAUCGAGCGCAUGGUCAGCAUCAUCCACCGCAAGUUCAGCUCCAUCCAGAUGCAGCUGAAACAGAGCACCUGCGAGGCCGUCAUGAUCCUGCGCUCACGCUUCCUUGACGCCAGACGAAAGAGGAGGAACUUCAAUAAACAGGCGACAGAGAUUUUAAACGAGUACUUCUACUCCCAUCUCAGUAACCCCUACCCCAGUGAGGAGGCCAAAGAAGAGCUGGCCAAGAAGUGUGGCAUCACAGUGUCACAGGUAUCAAACUGGUUCGGCAACAAGCGAAUCCGAUACAAGAAGAACAUCGGCAAGUUCCAAGAAGAGGCCAACAUGUACGCAGCAAAGACCGCAGUCAAUGCCACCAGCGUUUCUGCUCACGGCAGUCAGGCAAACUCCCCAUCCACUCCCAACUCAGCAGGUUCUGCUGGCUCUUUUAACAUGUCAAACUCCGGAGACUUGUUCAUGAGUGUGCAGUCCCUCAAUGGGGACUCAUACCAAGGGGGGCAGGUUGGGGCCAACAUACAAUCCCAGGUGGAUACCCUUCGCCAUGUUAUCAGCCAGACCGGAGGAUACAGUGACAGCCUCGCAGCCAGCCAGAUGUACAGUCCACAGGGCAUCAACACAAAUGGUGGCUGGCAAGAUGCUCCAACUCCUUCGUCAGUGACAUCACCCACGGAAGGACCCGGAAGUGUUCAUUCGGAUACCUCCAACUGAAUACAUCAAUCUCCACUCUUCGUCCACAAAAAUGAACUGACCUUGGUAUUCACAGUAUUAAAGAGUAUAGGAAUUCACUGUCCCAGAGUUUGGAGAGGUACUGUGAAAUCCUAACCAGAAAAAAAAAAAAAAAAAAACUUUCCUCUGCUGUAAUGUUGGACAUUUGGGAUACAACCUAAAAAAAUUUCACAAUGAAAAUCAAAACAAUACUGCAAUGAAUGGAGAUGUUUGUACAGAUUUCACAUUAUAUUCAGAGGGCUGGGGUUACUUAUUCACUUGUGAUGUUUUCACUCAUAAUGAUGAAAUGAUGUGAUAAGAUAAAUAGCCUAAAUCAAACCAUUGGUUUUGACUGAAAAUACUUCAUUCUACCUCUCAGCCACUAAAAAAAAGUAGAAAAAAAUGUCAGUGACCAUUAUUUGUUUUGUAAAAAUGAAAAUUUUGUCUUUGCAAGCAAGAGGCACAUCUUCUUACUUACGUUUUGUUGUCUCUCACCUAUUCUAUGGUACGCCAUUUAGACUUAAGUAUUGCUCAGUUGUUUACAAUGUGUGCUUGAUAAAGUAUGUUCAUCUUCCCCUCUGUCUCCGACCAGUCAAAACAAGAGUUCUGUCAGGAGAUAUUACCUCUAAGGUAACCCUGUGAAGUAUGUUAUCUGUAAAACAAUAAAUAAAUACUUGUCAUCAACUCAGACAAGCUUGAUUGACAUCAUUCAUUACAAUAAGGACAACUCAAAACCAAGUCAUUUCAACUUCUGUAUUCCUUUUGGUACUACAGCAUAAGGGUCACAGAGAUAUAGGCCUCACUGACAGGAAUUUUCUCUUCUUCUGUUGACUGUUUUUUAUUUUUUAAAAGACUUAAAUCCUCCUGAUAUUUUGUAUUAACCCCUACUAUUACAUUUGGUGUCCUACAGGUAUUAGAUGCCAAAAUGCUGCUGUUAAACCAAAACAAUUGUCAAGAAAAGUGUGUUUGCCAUCACGCCACUGUUUAAUACAUGCGGUUAGCAGUAUAUGACUGACUAUAUAAAUCCAUCCUGAAUAUGUUGCAUCAUUUCUUUUUCUAUUUUAAAUGUAACUCCUGCCACAUUUUCAACACUGGUGCUACAAUGGAGCGUGAGGAAAAAGGAAAGCCGAGUGAAUAAUGCUGCCCUAUGAAAAAAAAAAAGAUUGUUGAAAAGUCCACUAACAGUUUCUGCAGGAAAAAAAGAAAGAAAUCUGUCAAGGAUGUCUAUAACUGAGUUUGUUUUUGAGUACAUUGAAUCAGAGUCCACUUAAACAGGGAAGUCAUUAUGUUAAUAGAGUUUUAUAUGCUUACAGUGUAUCCUUGCUCUGGUGAGGCAGGUAGCAAAGAGCGUGAAUCUGCACUACAGCACAGCACACAAGCACAGGUCGAGGGAUGCUUGUGCCAUGGAGAAGCUGAACAUCGCCAUGAAACAAGCAUCGAGACACACCUGAACUGUUGCCCAGUCCCAUUUUGAGUUGCUGUUUUGAUAUAGAACUAAUACUUUCCACAUCUCUUACAGGCAUUUAUUUAGAUAUCCAGCAUUUCCAAUAUGCAGUCGAUAUAUUAUUCAGCUGUUACUGCUUUAGUAACCCUAGAGUUGACACCAAAACAAAUGUAGACAUUUGAAUUUAUGCUUGUCAGUACUAUCAAACUGAUUUGUUUCAGUUUUUUAAAAAAAAUCAUGAACAUUGUAAAUGUUAACCAUUAAAGAAUUAAAGAAGGGACAACUCAUUAUGUCAAAUAAUGUGUUUUCUGAGCAUUCUAAUCAUGUUUAUAUACGUUUUAUGUUGUGUCUGUAUGUUUGCUCUUUUGUAUUUUGUUAUUUUUUAUUGUAUGCUUAAUGUAGGCUAUUACUUUUUUUUUUUUUUUUGCUUUCCUACUCUCGUGAAAUUAGCUCAUGAACUUUCAAACAUGUGUUUAUGUGCACCAUUGUGCUUGACUUGCUUUGUUGAAAAUGGUUUUCAACACAUUAAAAUGAUAUGUAAUACA